ACUUGAACGAGUUGUUGGUGCAGCACAGUAAGUCCGUCUUUGAUUAUGACUUGCCAGAAAUGACUCAAGAUGGUGGUGAAAAUUCUUCAAUGCCAAGGCUAAUACAAGAUGAAAUUUCAAUUAACAUUCCUCAAGAAGACCGGGAUGCAGUUCAUCAUUUGAAUGAGGAUCAAACUUUUGCAUACAAUUCCAUAAUAUCUGCUAUUGAGUGUCAUGACAAUGCCAUAUUUUUUGUUGAUGGUCCAGGAGGAACUGGAAAGACAUACUUAUAUCGUGCAUUAUUAGCAAGCUUGAGAAGCAAUGAUCAUAUUGUAUUGGCAACAGCAACUUCUGGCAUAGCAGCAAUAAUACUACCUGGUGGGAGGACGACACACUCUAGGUUUAAAAUUCCUCUUCAUCUUGAUGCAUCUUCAACAUGUUGUAUUAGUAAACAAUCUGAUUUAGCAGAGUUGAUAAGAAAGUCAUCGGCAAUUGUUUGGGAUGAAGCACCAAUGAUGAAUCGAUAUGGGUUUGAAGCUCUUGAUCGAACAUUUAGAGACAUAACAAGUGUCGAUUUGCCAUUUGGAGGAAAGGUGAUGAUCUUCGGGGGUGAUUUCCGACAAGUUCUUCCUGUUAUCCAUAAGGGUACGAGAUCUGAGAUGGUGCAAGCCAGUUUGAUUAAUGCUUCAUUUUGGAAGGAUGUGAAGAUUCUUCGUUUGACACAGAAUAUGAGAUCCAUCAACGAUCCAGAUUUCUCAGAGUUCUUACUUCGUGUUGGUAAUGGAGAACAACCAACUGUGGUUGAAGACAUAAUACAAAUACCUUGGCCCAUGAUCAUACCAUGGGAGAAUGAAGAAUCAAUCAACCAGUUGGUUAAUCAAGUCUUCCCUAAUUUGGAUCGUCAUGUAAAUGAUGCCGGGUACAUGGUUGAAAGAGCAAUAAUUACUCCAAAAAAUGAUGAUGUUGACGUACUCAAUGAAAGAAUCAUACAACACUUUCCAGGGCCUGAACGAAUCUUAUACUCUUUCGACUCAGUUGAGGAUGACACCAGAAAUAUGUAUCAACAAGAAUUUUUAAAUUCGAUUUCACCUUCUGGUAUGCCGCCACAUCAGUUGAUUAUAAAGAAAGGUGCCCCAAUUAUGCUUUUGAGGAAUAUUGACCCAAAGAUGGGGUUGUGCAACGGUACAAGAUUGACUUGCCGCGGAGCAUAUAACAAUCUAAUUGAUGCAGAGAUUUUAACAGGACAUUUUUCGGGAACUAGAAUUUUCUUGCCAAGAAUCGCUCUUAAGAGUGCCGAAAGUUCUGGACUCCCGUUUGAGAUGACAAGAAAGCAGUUCCCCGUAAAGUUGAGUUUUGCACUUACCAUAAAUAAAUCACAAGGCCAGACAAUACCAAAUGUUGGUAUUUACCUUCCUGAUCAUGUGUUCAGCCAUGGACAGCUGUACGUGGCUUUAUCGAGAGGAGUUUCAGAGGCAAGCACCAAAGUUUUGGUAAAAAAAGGUUCAUUAGAGGGUGAGGAAGGGGUAUUCACAGCAAACGUUGUGUAUAAAGAAAUUUUGCUUCCUUCCACAUAAUGCAAUUUUAGAAGGUAC